GGACUUUCGGAUCGUAAUGUUGUCACGAAGUUGGUGACUUAGUAACUUUUUAACCGACAAGAGAAUUGUUUUUACUAAGCGGGUGGAGUCGUUUUAUCUUUAGGUAUAGCAACAAGUGUGUGAUAAUUGAAAAAAUUGAAGAAAAAACAUGGGUUGUGCGGUUAGUACAACUGGAGAAAAGGCAGCCCUUGCUAGGUCUAGAAAAAUAGACAGGGAUCUGCGAGCAGCUGGAGAAAAGGCUGCUAGCGAAGUCAAACUAUUGCUUCUUGGUGCUGGAGAAUCCGGGAAGAGCACAAUAGUUAAACAAAUGAAAAUUAUUCAUGAACUAGGAUAUACACAAGAAGAAUGUGAACAGUACAGGCCAGUUGUUUAUAGCAACACUAUACAAAGUUUAAUGGCCAUAAUAAGAGCCAUGGGACAGUUGAGAAUAGAUUUUGCGGAUUCCAGUAAAACCGAAAUUGCAAGACAGUUUUUCACUUAUGCAAGUUCUGCAGAAGAAGGUGAGCUCACCCCUGAUUUGGUAAUAAUGAUGAAAAAGCUAUGGCAAGAUUCUGGUGUACAAUUGUGCUUUGCUAGAUCCAGAGAAUAUCAAUUAAACGACUCUGCAGCUUAUUAUCUCAAUGCCUUAGACAGAAUUUCCCAUCCUAAUUAUAUUCCAUCACAACAAGAUGUAUUGCGGACCAGAGUUAAGACUACAGGGAUUGUGGAGACCAACUUUUCUUUCAAAAAUCUACAUUUCAAAAUGUUUGAUGUUGGUGGACAACGUUCAGAAAGAAAGAAAUGGAUUCAUUGCUUCGAAGGAGUUACCGCUAUCAUUUUUUGUGUAGCAUUAUCUGGUUAUGACCUGGUACUCGCUGAAGAUGAAGAAAUGAACAGAAUGGUGGAAUCUAUGAAGUUAUUUGAUUCUAUCUGCAAUAGUAAGUGGUUUGUAACCACUUCUAUAAUUUUAUUUCUUAAUAAGAAGGACCUAUUUGAAGAAAAAAUAGUACGUAGUCCUCUCACUAUUUGCUUCCCUGAAUACACAGGAUCAAAUACAUACGAAGAUGCUUCGGCCUAUAUAAGGAUGAAAUUUGAAAAUCUCAACAAACUGAAGGACCAGAAAGAAAUCUACACACAUUUCACUUGUGCUACGGAUACUAAUAAUAUACAAUUUGUUUUUGAUGCUGUCACUGACGUAAUCAUAAAGAAUAAUCUCAAAGAUUGUGGCCUUCUCAUGUAGAUUGACUUACACAGGGUGUUUUUGAUACAGGAAACAUUUAUUUAUUACAUUUAUUGUUUAUUGGCUUCACCCUGUAUACUGUGCAAUAUUCUUCUAUAUAGUGGAAGAUACUUGUCAAUUAGUAAAACAUCGAAGCCAUGAAGGUAUGUAAAUAAAAAUGAGGUUGUACCUAAUAAUUAAGUAUACAGGGUGAUCUAAAAUGUUUGUAAAUUGUAAACUAAUGCAAUUUACUUGAAUCUGGCAGCUGUUAGACAAAAUGAAAAAUUGUUAAUAUGAAUUUUUGUGUACCCUGUCGAUGUUGAUCUGCACCUAAAGCUAAACAGGAAGUGAAUAUUGUUUUCAUUGUAAAGGAACCCAUACAUAUUAAAAUUAAAAAAAAUAAGUUUCAGUUAAUUGUAAGAUCCAAUAAUUUUGUACUUAUCAUCUUGAUUUUAAAAGAUCCCAUAUUUUCAGGGACUCAAUUAUAAUUUAUUUAUAUUUUUUUAAAGUUACUUUAACGCCAUUUUAUAUUACAUACAGAUCAAGUUUAAUUUUGAUUAUCAUAACAGCAAAAUAUUUAUUUUAGGUUAAUUAUGAAUGAUUUGACUAACUCAACCUUUCUUAUUGUUUAAACUACAUUCUGAACACGCUGUCCACUACUAACCACUACCCUAACAAUAACAUUAUCUGAUUCUUCUAGUUUUUCAUAGGUUAUUAACUGGCUUGAAGAACCAAACAGUGUUGAGGAUUGGUUUAGUGGUAGUAAACAGUGUUUAGUUUGAUUAGUUGGUUAAAAAUACACUGUUGUGUAUGGGGUCCCCUUAUAGUGGUGGUCUAUUACUUAUUUUAUUUUUUUAUAUUGCUUUUUUUGUAAAACUGAAGACUUAACUAGCCAAACAUUUGUACUUCAGUUAAAUUCGCUUCAUGUUGAGUUUCAAGACUGAUUUUCAGUAGGAAAACAAUUCAGUAAAAGCCCGACUGAAACAAAACUUUUUUUGGAAGGUCAUUAAUUGAAACUAAAAUCAUUUGUUCAUUGAUAUUUCAUAUAUAUUCAUCUUUUCUCGCCUAAAAUUUGAUUCGCAUUGUAUGGAACUAACUGGAAACAUCUCAUCAAAAUAUUUUAUAAUUUAUCUUAUAUUCUAUACCAUUGCAUAUUACAUAUUAUAGUCAUGUGUAUAUUUCAUUUUUUAAAAAUUAUUUCACAACAUCAAAAUUAAUGGUUGUCACACAUGUUACGUUUUACCGGAGGGGUCUACCUGUGCUAGUACGUCCCCUUAAACGCUAUCAACGGUUGACCUGCGCAGGUAAACCUGUGUAGGCUAACAUUUCCUGUAGACAGUUGAAUAUAUGAAUUACUUUGAUGAAGAAAACAAGAACCCCAA